AUGUACAGAAAAUACGAUUCUACUAGAAUAAAGACAGAAGAUGACAUGUUCUCAAGCAAAAGGUGCUUAGAAUGGUUCUAUGAAUAUGCUGGAACAGAUGAUAUUGUGGGCCCUGAGGGAAUGGAGAAAUUCUGUGAGGACGUUGGAGUUGAACCCGAAAAUGUAGUUAUGCUUGUGUUAGCUUGGAAGCUAGAUGCUCAGAACAUGGGUUACUUUACAUUGCAAGAAUGGCUAAAAGGAAUGACGUCGCUGCAAUGUGAUACAACGGAGAAGCUAAGAAAUUCUUUGGAUUACUUGAGAUCUUUAUUAAAUGAGCCUACUAACUUUAAACUUAUAUACAGAUAUGCAUUUGAUUUUGCACGUGAAAAGGAUCAGCGAAGCCUAGAUAUGAAUACUGCCAAGUGUAUGUUAGGACUUCUGUUAGGAAAAACGUGGCCCCUGUUUCCAGUAUUUCAUCAAUUCCUAGAGCAAUCUAAGUACAAAGUUAUCAACAAAGACCAAUGGUGCAAUGUUCUGGAGUUCAGCAGAACCAUCAAUCUUGACCUCAGCAAUUACGAUGAAGAUGGAGCAUGGCCAGUAUUGCUGGAUGAAUUCGUGGAGUGGUAUAAAGAGAAACAAAUGACAUAGGAAUUUUAACUACGCACAGCCACUCAAGAGUCUUUGUUACUACAGUUAAGUCAACCGUUAGCCAUAAACUGCUAUUUGUAUCAAAGCGCAUGCUGCUUUUUCCUGCACUGUAUUCCCAUUUUCAGGGACCUUUUGGUGUUUUGCUGUUUAACAGGCCAGCUCUGCUUGCUGUGUAGCAUUGUUCUCUUCGAAGGCUGCUUUGCAUUUUGUAUCGACACUACAGAUGGUGAACUUACCAGCAUCCUCACUGUGAUUAUGUGUAUAUUGCUGUCUGAACUUUGUAUAUGUGUAUAAAAAGAAAGCUUCACCUAGGAAAUUAUUUCAGCAGAAAUGUAUUGUAAAAAUAAUUUUUGUGGCAUAUUUCUAUCUGCAUUCAAUAACCAUGUAACUUAAUCUUUAAUUUUCACUUGGUCUCAGACGUAGCAUUUCAGGAAAAAAGAAAAGUUGAUUGUUGGGGCAGUGACCAUCAGGAGCCGUUGCCAGCUGGCAACAGUGUUUAAGAUGCCAAUUUGUGAGAGGAGAUCCUGCAGUAUAGUUUCUUCCACAGCUGGAUGCCCAGCAGUUAUUUAGUAAGCAGAUAUUGGCUUUCAUCUUUUUGAAAAAAUUAAAACCUUUGUAACUGUCCCCGUUGUGAACACUUUCCUUCAGGCAGUGUAGUCGAACCCUUGUAACUUGAAUCCAGCCAAAAAUGCAGAUUCACAAGGAAGUGAAAGGGUGAAUAAAUAUACAGCUGAGUUCCGUGUUCUCAAGUGCUGCUGCUUACGGAGGAAUCAUC